AUGCUUCCUGCUGUGGCUGUCUCGGAACCCGUGUCCUCCGCUUCAUGUGAGUGACGUCGUGGCGGGUCACUCACUCGGGGAUCGCCGAUUGCGAUCGUAGGGGUCUUCCUUCUCUAACUUGCCUCCAGGAGAGAGGACCUGGCCUGCGCUGCUAAUGGGUAGUCCGUUCGCAGCAGGACCAGCCCUGGCCUGAGGAAACAGGAAAGAGUUUGAGACUUCCUUCUAAAGGAGCCACGUUUGAGAAAUGGGAUGCAGGCCUAAGUUAAGAAUGCUACAGAAAAAUAUCGAUCCCUAAGCGUAUUUACUGUUAUGUGAAUGUGUGUGUCAAAGGACUUAGGUGCUUUGGGGGAGAGGAGGGUGAAGACAGGAAUUUAUUCAUUGAGCGAAUAGUUAUUAAGCGCCCACUCUAUUCCAGACACCGUUCUAGGCAUUAGGUGAACAGCAGUGAACAAAACAGACAGAAAUCUGUGUCUAGUUGUAGCUCACAUUUUAGAGAGGAAGGCACAUACUAAGUAAAGUAAUUAGAAACAUACUGUAUUUUAGGUCGUGAUAGUCCUGAAGAUAAAUGUAAAGCAGGGAAGAAGGAUAUAAAGUGACACAGGAAGGUCUUGCUGAAAAGAUGACUUUUAAGUAAAGGGCUGACAGAAGUGGGAGAUUUAACCAUGCGAAUAUCUUGGGAAAGUGCAGUCAGACAGAGGGGCCAGCCAUUGCAAAGGUCAUGAAGCAGAAACCUGCUAGAAUAGCAAGGAGGCCUGUAGGGCAGAGUUGAGUGAAGGGUUUAGUCCUUCAAUGGAGAUUAAAUCAAGGCGAGCAGGUCAUGAAGAUCUUGAGGACAUCUAACUUUUAUUCUAAAUGAAAUAGGACUUCGGAGGGUUUUGAGCAGUAGUGAUGGGCUCUGACUUCCUUUUAAGAGGGUCACUCUUUAAGGAAAAUACACAGAGGAGGACGUGGUAGGAGAAAGGAGACCAAUAAGAAGAGUUUUGCAAUAAUCCAGAGGAAGCAUAAUGGUGGUUUGACUAUGGGUGGUAAGAAAUGGCCAGUUAUAUUCUUGAUGCACUUAAUUUGGAUAUGUAAGAGUAUUAUAGAUGACAGGGUUAAUUUUAUUUAAUUAGGCUUUGGAGGACACUUGAAAAAUGAAUUCCAGUGUGAGUUUCAGAGUGGCAAACACAAGUUAAAAUCAUGGCUUUGCUAUGUGGUACUUGAAGGGAUUCAGAUAAGUCAUGUAAUUUUCCUGGAUCUGUCUAUAAAAUGGAAAUCAUAUCUGUCAAGAUUGCAAAGGUUAGGGUAUAUUAUAGGUAUUUAAUGACAAGGUAUGUAAUGGGCCUAGUCUGCAAAUCUUAACCAGGUAAAAGAUGGCCUUAUUGUGAGGUAAGAGGGUCAUGGGAGGCCAAGGCAUACUCCUUUUUAAAUUUUAUGGACUCUUUACUGGGGAGGAAAGUUUUUGUGUUAAUGACGAUGGUAUUUAGAAAUGCAUGGACUGGCCUCUCAUAGCUGUCCACUCUAUAGUCAUUCCUUAUAGCCAUCCUUUAAACCCUCCAGGACCCCCUAUGUCCUCAUCAGUAAAGGGAAAGCAGGCUGUCUGGUAAGGGAAACAAGAAUAAAUAGGAACUUUCAUAAAAAAGCAAUUUUAGAUAUUCUUUUUAUAGGUUCUGGCAAAGGUUGAUAAAAGACCUAGGGAAUUACUGCUGGUUGCUGCGCUUACAUAUUUUGAGUGUCUUCAGAUGCAUUGUUCUCAGUGUAUUUAAUUUUCUUCUUUAAAUUCUGACUUUUGACACAUAUGAUUUAAAUCCUAGCAGGAAUUUUCACCUAGUUCUAAAAGGUACCACAUUGCUUUACACUAUAAUAAGGACGGUCUUUCAGUGUGGGGUAUUUUAUGUAUACUAUAAUAUUUUUACAUAUCCAGUAAUUAGAUUGUGUAGCAAAUCAGGGAAAGAAGUUGGAAGGUAAGAAUAGGAAUGAAGGGAGGAGAAGAAAGGAAGAAAAUGAUUAAAAUUACUAUAUUCCAUCAAUUCUGAGAUACACAUUUUUCUCAUACUUAACAUCUCUGAAAUAGGGAUGUAUUUUUAAGUUGUUGACAUCUUUAAAUCACUGUAGAUGAAUUGGCAGUUGUGAGAUAUUUGUCAUUGCCCACACUUACACCCACUUAGUCAUAACUUAAUCUUGUCAUUAUUUCAGUUGAGUUAUAUAUGCAGUAUUGGCAUGUAGUUGUUGAGUGUAAUUUCCCUUUUAAAGAUCAUUUAGAAGAUUAUGAUUAGCAUUAGAAUGAAAAGUUACUGUGUAUGUGGGGAAACAAAGGGUGAUACAAGAUAAAAAUCCAGGGUUAAAUUUAAAAGAAGUCUGUCAAUAAAUAAUAUAGGAUGUGUCUAAGUAAUAAGAAAGCAUUGGGUCAGUUGAUUCAAUAGUGGUUUUUUUCAUAAUGUACAUAAAAUAAUAGAGCUUCUUGGGAUUGAAGCCAUUUUACAAUUGAUGGCAUUUUAGAUUUCUUGUAUAGUAUUUAAAGCUUCCAACAAAAAUGUAAAUUUUUACCUACUGUAAUUCUGAAAUAGGGAAAUUAGAGGUUUUGAGUAGAGACAUUUCAAAUUUGUGUAGCGUUCCUAUAUAGCAUAAGAAUUCUAAAAUUAAAAGUCUGCCUGUAAAACUUUGAUUUCAAAGUAGUAACUUACUUAUGUUUGAUUCCCAAUGUUGUCAUCGUGGGGCAGAGAUUUUGCUUUGCUUUUUCAAAAAGAUUGCAGGCAAUUUAGAUGGUGUGGGGAGGACUACUGAGGAAAUUGCUCAGUAAACAAAAAUGAUAGUGAAGAUCUCAGAAUCUCAAAAAUCAUCUUUUGUGUGUGUAUUUAAUGAUUAAGAUGUACUGUAAAUUCAUGUACAGUAUUUGGGAUUCUGCAUUAGAGGCAUCGUAUGAUUAAUGGCUUUUUAGGUUUGAUGAAGUAUGAUAAUUAACAUUGAGAAGGACAAAAUUAAUGUGAAGGGACAGAAUGAUUUAGAUAAUAUGUUUCAAAAGCUUUUGUCAUAAAAAAUGCAUUAUUACCAUUUUAAUUUAGUAAAGGAAAAAGAAAAGGUCUUGAUCCUCACCAAAUACAAUUAACAUACUUAGUCUACAGUUUUCUGUGCUUCUCUCUUCAUAAAUGUUUUAUAUUUUCAAUUACUGUGCAUGUCAUUCUUAUAUCUAUUUUAAUCUCACAGUCUUAAUUUUUUUAAAUUUUAGUCCAGAGACUUAAACCAGCAUUUCCUAAACUGUUUUAGAGAAUACUAGUUCAAAUAAAUGUUAAUAGCUGUUCCUGUGUUAGGAUUCUGUCAUUAAAUAUAUUGGAAAAUGCUUCGUAAUUAUAUCCUUUAGAGAAAUUAUAGCUAGAGCAUUAAAAGAGCUAACUGCAGCAUCAGACAGACCUGAGUUUCAAUCCUCGUUUACUAUGUAUUACAUGAGGCAAAUUAAUUUUAAUUCAAGUUUUCUUCUCUGUAUAAUGGAGAUUAUUACAGUAUUCGAAAUUGACUUGUGUAAAGCAUUUAGCCAGCCAUAGCGCAUGUUCUACAAAUAUAUGUAGUUGUUAUUAUCAUCUAUGAGAAACCUUAUACAUAUUAGAAACUCUGAGGAUUUAAAAUUUUGAAGGUUGACUUAUACUCAAUGUAAAAUUGAAAAAUCACAGGGGAGUAAUUAGCAUAGAGAUUAAUGAAAUGAGCACCGGGUUGAAUGGUAAAAGAUUUGUUUGAGCUUUAAGCAGUAUUGUUGUUAAACUAUCACUGUGCCCUAAGCGUAACAUUAUUUUAAAAAUGUCUUUAACUGUGUUUCCCACAUUUGUCUGAAAGCUUAGUUAGUUCAAAGAACAUGUUUAUUUUUGUUCUCUACUAUAAACCCAGCACAUGACACAAAAUCAGGGAGUGUAAAGUUGGGGUCAUGAACUUAUUUUAGGAGCCUGGUAGGUAAUAUAAAUGGCAGACAACAGGGAGUAGUAAAGUGUCUGUCUGUCUUACUUAAAGACAUUCACAUCAGUUAUUUCCAACACUGUUAGCCCUGGAAAAGAAAGCUAUCCCUGAACUUUGUCAGGCUAGUUUGUGAUCCCUAGAAAAGAUUAGUGAUUAAGACCAAACCCUGAAGAACAGCAUCAUUAAUGGGACAGAUAAAAAAAAAAAAGGAGCCCCGAAAGGAGGUGACAAGGAAGUAGGAGGUGAAAUCAGGUACAAGUAAUUUUUUAAAUUAAGAAAAGUAUAGCCCUCUCCCUCUCCCUCUCCGCACCGUCUCCCUCUGAUGCCGAGCCGAGGCUGGACUGUACUGCCACCAUCUCGACUCACUGCAACCUCCCUGCCUGAUUCUCCUGCCUCAGCCUGCCGAGUGCCUGGGAUUGCAGGCGCGCGCCGCCACUCCUGACUGGUUUUCGUAUUUUUUGGUGGAGACGGGGUUUCGCCGUGUUGGCCGGGCUGGUCUCCAGCUCCUGACCACGAGUGAUCUGCCAGCCUCGGCGUCCCGAGGUGCCAGGAUUGCAGACGGAGUCUCGCUGACUCAGUGCUCAAUGUUGCCCAGGCUGGAGUGCAGUGGCGUGAUGUUGGCUCGCUACAACGUCCACCUCCCAGCCGCCUGCCUUGGCCUCCCAAAGUGCCGAGAUUGCAGCCUCUGCCCGGCUGCCACCCUGUCUAGGAAGUGAGGAGCGUCUUUGCCUGGCUGCCCAUCAUCUGGGAUGUGAGGAGCCCCUCUGCCCGGCCGCCCAGUCUGGGAAGUGAGGAGCGCCUCUUCCCGGCCGUCAUCCCGUCUAGGAAGUGAGGAGCGUCUCUGCCCGGCCGCCCAUCGUCUGGGAUGUGGGGAGCGCCUCUGCCCCGUAGCCCCGUCUGAGAUGUGAAGAGCGCCUCCAUCUGGCCGCGACCCUGUCUGGGAACUGAGGAGUGUCUCUGCCCCACCGCCACCCCAUCUGGGAGGAUUUUCUGCCGUCUCUUGGCAAAAAUGGCAAAUAAUGAUGCUGUUCUGAAGAGACUGGAGCAGAAGGGUGCAGAGGCAGAUCAAAUCAUUGAAUAUCUUAAGCAGCAAGUUUCUCUACUUAAGGAGAAAGCAAUUUUGCAGGCAACUUUGAGGGAAGAGAAGAAACUUCGAGUUGAAAAUGCUAAACUGAAGAAAGAAAUUGAAGAACUGAAACAAGAGCUAAUUCAGGCAGAAAUUCAAAAUGGAGUGAAGCAAAUACCAUUUCCAUCUGGUACUCCACUGCAAGCUAAUUCUAUGGUUUCUGAAAAUGUGAUACAGUCUACACCAGUAACAACCGUAUCUUCUGGUACCAAAGAACAGAUAAAAGGAGGAACAGGAGACGAAAAGAAAGCGAAAGAGAAAAUUGAAAAGAAAGGAGAGAAGAAGGAGAAAAAACAGCAAUCAAUAGCUGGAAGUGCCGACUCUAAGCCAAUAGAUGUUUCCCGUCUGGAUCUUCGAAUUGGUUGCGUCAUAACUGCUAGAAAACACCCUGAUGCAGAUUCUUUGUAUGUGGAAGAAGUAGAUGUUGGAGAAAUAGCCCCAAGGACAGUUGUCAGUGGCCUGGUGAAUCAUGUUCCUCUUGAACAGAUGCAAAAUCGGAUGGUGAUUUUACUUUGUAACCUGAAACCUGCAAAGAUGAGGGGAGUAUUAUCUCAAGCAAUGGUCAUGUGUGCUAGUUCACCAGAGAAAAUUGAAAUCUUGGCUCCUCCAAAUGGGUCUGUUCCUGGAGACAGAAUUACUUUUGAUGCUUUCCCAGGAGAGCCUGACAAGGAGCUGAAUCCUAAGAAGAAGAUUUGGGAGCAGAUCCAGCCUGAUCUUCACACUAAUGAUGAGUGUGUGGCUACAUACAAAGGAGUUCCCUUUGAGGUGAAAGGGAAGGGAGUAUGUAGGGCUCAAACCAUGAGCAACAGUGGAAUCAAAUAAAAUGCUUCCACUACCAAAAGACAUUAGAGAAAACCUUAAAAGUAAUAAAGAGAAAUAUAUUUGUCACUUAUACCUAAAA